UAUAAAUACAAAUUUGUUAUGUUCAUAUUUUCUGGCAUUUCAUUUUAGCAAUGACAGUUGAAUAUCAUACAAGUUCAUACUAAAAAAUCGAUAUUUCAUUUGCUUUGCGUAUCAAGGCAGCUGUAUCAUUCAUUAUACCAUCAAGGAGGAUUUAAUGUUGUAGGAAUACUCAAUCACAAUGACUUGCUCGAAAUAACCGGUUAACUAAUUUCUAUAUAUAUAUAUAUGUAGAUCAAUACAAACAAAGAUAACUUUAUCAGUGAACUUAUGAAAUUUUUCCAAAUUGAUGUAUAAAAACGUAGUAAACAUCUCUUUCAACGUUAUUUCGUUGUGAUCGUUUGAAGUAAACACAUAUUUUAUUGAUAUUCAUAUUUGUACCAAAAACGUCGAAAUGGGUGUGAAGUGCUUUAGCAUCACCGUUGCAGUGGUUGCGGUAUUUGCAUAUAUAGUAUAUCAAACAUUACUGAGCCCAUUACCAGUGCCUAAAAUUAACACGACAACAUACUGGGGUCCAAGUUCACAAGCCAAUCGCAUCGAAAAAAGUGAAGUGAAACCAUUCAAAAUUAAUUAUUCAGCUGACGUCAUUUCAAAGCUACACAAUCGCCUAAGUGAACCAUUGAAUCUUGUGGAGCCGCUGGAAAAUGUUAACUUUCGCUAUGGAUUUGACAAACAUAAGCUCGAAGAAUUGGUGAAAUACUGGCGUGAUGAAUAUCUACCGAAAUGGGAUGAACGUCAAAAUUUCUUGAAUGCAUUGCCACAGUACACAACUAAAAUUCAAGGAUUGAACAUUCAUUUCAUUCACACAAAAGAUCAAACGGAGAAAGCCAAACAUGUGAUUCCUUUGCUAUUGUUACACGGAUGGCCAGGCUCAGUACGAGAAUUCUACGAAAUGAUACCAAAGUUAACUAAGGCCAAAGACAAUAUUGCGUUCGUCGUUGUUGCUCCAAGUUUGCCCGGUUACGGCUUUUCGGAAGCUGCCAAAGUUCCAGGAAUGAAUCCAACCGAAAUGGCAGUGAUUUUACGUAAUUUAAUGAUCAGUUUGGGCUACGAUCGAUUCUUGGUUCAAGGUGGCGAUUGGGGUUCAAUAAUUGGAUCAUCUUUGGCAACAAUCUUCCCACAAAACGUUAUUGGCUUUCAUUCAAAUAUGUGCACAAGUGGAUGGGUUUCAAGUUUUUUUAAAUCUUUCAUUGCAAGCUUCUAUCCAAGUCUGUUCGUUCCAGCAGAAUAUGCUGAUUUCCACUUCCCAUUAGGAGAAAAGUUUUCUUAUAUUAUGGAAGAAAGUGGAUACUUUCAUCUACAAGCCACCAAGCCCGAUACAAUUGGCAUCGCGUUGACGGCAAAUCCUGUCGGUUUAUUAGCAUAUAUUCUAGAAAAGUUUUCAACGUGGACCGAUAUGAAUAAUCGUGAUUUAAUUGAUGGUGGCCUUGAUAAACAUUAUACAAAAGAAGCUUUGCUCGACAAUAUUAUGAUUUACUAUCUAUCAAAUAGUAUAACAACGUCGGUGCGUUUAUAUGCGGAAGGAUUUGGUAGCAAGCAUUUAAAUUUGAAAAUUGACAGAGUUCCAGUCCAAGUGCCUGUUGGAUGUGCCCGUUUCAAGAAUGAUUUGGCACACGAAUUAGAUUGGCAACUUAUUACCAAAUUCCCAAAAUUAAUUCAUAGCACUUAUCAUGCAAAUGGUGGCCACUUUGCUGCAAUGGAAUUGCCGGACGUGCUUUACAACGAUUUCCUUCAGUUCGUUAAAAAACUAAACGUUACUGCAUAAAAUUUGUUGAAUAAUUGAAUUAUAUGUAUUAAAGGUAUAUAAUUGAAAUUAAAUAACAUGAAUAAAUCGAGAUAAAAAUAUGUUACAAUAA